CGGCGCGGAAGUUCAGCGCCACAGCGAGGCGCGCCUCGGUUGCGUCAGCGGGGCGUCUUGCCGGGCGGGAAAGUAGAAAACGAGGGGCGGCGACGGCUUCUCGGCGGGUGAGUGGAGCAGCGGUCGUCGUCUCUCGAGGCCCCGCGCCACUGUGGCCUGGUAGCUGGGCCCCGGCCGAGCUCGGCCUUUCCGUCUGGGGCUCCGCGCCCCGAACCUCGGCUUCCUCGUCUGUCCUGUCGUGGGAUAAUACCCCCAGAAAGUAAUUUAAUUGCAGAAGACUUCCAGUCAAAAUGGUUUCCAAGAGAAGGCUGUCAAAAUCAGAGGAUAAAGAGAGCCUGAUAGAAGAUGCCUCCAAAGCCAGGAAACAACCACUUUCCAAGAAGACAAAGAAAUCUCAUGUUCACAAUGAAGUGGAAGAAAACGACAGUGUUUUUGUAAAGCUUCUUAAAACAUCAGGAGUUAUUCUUAAAACAGGAGAGAGUCAGAAUCAACUAACUGUGGAUCAAGUUGUUUUCCAAAAGAAGCUCUUUCAGACUCUGAGGAAACAUCCUUCUUAUCCCAACAUAAUAGAAGAAUUUGUUAGCGGCCUGGAGUCUCACAUUGAGGACCAAGACAGUUUCAGGAACUGCCUUUUGUCAUGUGAACGUCUACAGGAUGAGGAAGCCAGCAUCGGCACAUCUUAUUCUAAGAGCCUCAUUAAAUUGCUUCUGGGAAUUGACAUAUUACAGCCUGCCAUUAUCAAAACCUUAUUUGAAAAGUUACCAGAAUUUCUUUUUGAAAAUGUGAACAGUGAUGGACUUAACAUGCCUAGACUCAUCAUCAGUCAGCUGAAAUGGCUUGACAGAAUUGUGGAUGGCAAGGAUCUCACCACCAAGCUCAUGCAGCUGAUCAGUAUUGCUCCACUGUACCUGCAGCAUGACUUCAUCACCAGCCUGCCUGAGAUUCUAGGGGAUUCUCAGCAUGCUGAUGUGGGGAAGGAACUCAGUGAUCUUUUAACGGAGAAUACUCCACUCACUGUCCCUAUCCUGGAUGUCCUUUCCAGCCUCCGACUUGACCCGAAGCUCCUGUCUCAGGUCCGCCAGUUGGUGAUGGGUAAGCUGUUAUCUGUCAAACUGGAUGAUUUACCUGUGAUAAUCAAGUUCAUUCUUCAUUCCGUAACAGCUGCAGAUGCACUCGAGGUAAUUUCUGAGCUGCGGGAGAAGUUGGACCUGCAGCAUUGUAUUUUGCCAUCACGGUUGCAGGCUUCCCAAAGCAAGUUGAAAAAUAAAGGACAACAAAGUUCUUCAGGAAAUCAAGAAAACAGCAGUCAGGACUGUGUUAUUCUCCUCUUUGAUGUAAUAAAGUCAGCUGUUAGAUAUGAGAAAAUCAUUUCAGAAGCCUGGAUUAAGGCAAUUGAAAGCACUGCCUCAGUGUCUGAACACAAGACUUUUGACUUGGCAAUGCUUCUCAUCAUCUAUAGCACCAACACUCAGACAAAGAAGUACAUUGAGAGGGUGCUAAGAAAUAAGAUUCGAUCAGGCUGCUUUCAAGAACAGCUGCUGCAGAGUACAUUCUAUAUUCAUUACUUGGUCCUUAAGGAUAUUUGUCCAUCCAUUCUGUCGUUGGCGCAGAGUUUGUUGCACUCCCUAGACCAGAGUAUCAUUUUGUUUGGCAGUCUCCUAUACAAAUAUGCAUUUAAGUUUUUUGACACUUACUGUCAGCAGGAAGUGGUUGGUGCUCUAGUGACCCAUAUCUGCAGUGGAAAUGAAGCUGAAGUUGAUACUGCGUUGGAUGUCCUCCUGGAGUUGGUAGUUCUAAACCUAACUGCUAUGAGGCUGAACGCAGUCUUUGUGAAGGGCAUUUUAGAUUAUCUGGAUAAUAUGUCCCCUCAGCAGAUACGAAAACUCUUCUAUAUUCUCAGCACACUGGCAUUUAGCAAACAGCAUGAAGCCAGCAGUCACAUCCAGGAUGACAUGCACCUGGUGAUAAGAAAGCAGCUCUCUAGCACCAUAUUCAGAUACAAACUCAUUGGUAUUAUUGGUGCUGUCACCAUGGCUGGCAUCAUGGCAGCAGACAGAAGUAGAUCUUCAAAUUUGACCCAAGGGAGAACAGACCUGAGCAAUGAACAGUACACACAGGUGACCUCCUUGUUGCAGUUGGUUCAUUCCUGUAGUGAGCAGUCUCCCCAGGCUUCUGCACUUUAUUAUGAUGAAUUUGCUAAUCUGAUCCAAGGAGGAAAGCUGGCUCCAAAAGCCCUGGAAUGGGUUGGGCAGACCAUCUUCAAUGAUUUCCAAGAUGCCUUUGUGGUGGAUUUCUGUGUUUUUCCAGAAGGUGACUAUCCAUUUCCUGUGAAAGCUCUCUACGGACUAGAAGAAUACAGUAGUCACGAUGGGAUUGUCAUCAACCUCCUGCCACUGUUGUUCUCUCAGGACUUUGCAGAAGAUGGGGGUAGAAUGACUUCAAAGGAAUCAGAUCAAAAAUUGGUGUCUCCGUUGUGCCUGGCUCCCUAUUUCCGGUUACUGAGACUUUGUGUGGAGAAACAACAUAAUGGAAACUUGGAGGAGAUUGAUGGUUUAUUAGAUUGUCCUAUAUUCCUCACUGACUUGGAUCCUGGAGAGAGGCUGGAGUCCAUGUCCGUUAAAGAGCAUUCAUUCAUGUGUUCUCUCAUAUUUCUUACUCUUAACUGGUUCCGAGAGGUUGUCAAUGCCUUCUGCCAGCAAACCUCACCUGAGAUGAAGGGGAAGGUGCUUACCCGGUUAAAGCAUAUUGUGGAGCUUCAGAGAAUCCUGGAAAAGUACUUAGCAGUCACCCCAGACUAUGUUCCUCCCCUUGCAAACUUUGACUUGGAAACUUUAGAUGUAAUACCUCCUCCUACUGCUGCUAUUUCAGCAAAAAUCAGAAAACAAGGAAAGAUAGGAGGAAGGAAACGGAAAGCAGAUGGCAGCAAAACAUCCUCUCCUGACACACUUUCAAAGGAGGAUAGUUCAGAAUGUGACCCUACACCAUCCAAUAGAAGCCAGCUGGAAAAGGAGGUCAAAGGGAAAGAAGAAAAGACAUCAGUAUCACUACAGAAUUACCAUGCUUUUUUCCGAGAACUGGACAUUGAGGUCUUCUCUAUUCUGCAUUGUGGGCUUGUGACCAAGUUCAUCUUAGAUACUGAAAUGCACACUGAAGCUACAGAAAUUGUGCAGCUUCAGCCCCCUGAGCUGCUUUUCUUACUGGAAGAUCUCUCCCAGAAACUGGAGAAUGUGCUGACACCCUCUGUUGCCAGGAGAAUCCCCUUCCUCAAGAGUAAAGGAAACCGGAAUAUUGGAUUCUCACAUCUCCGUCAGAGAUCUGCCCAAGAAAUUGCUCAUGGUAUUGUUCAACUGCUGGCUCCAAUGUGUAACCAUCUGGAGAACAUUCACAACUAUUUUCAGUGCUUAGCUGCUGAGAACCAAGGUGUAGUUGAUGGUCCAAGAAUGAAAGUUCACGAGUACCACAUAAUGUCUUCAUGCUAUCAGAGGCUACUGCAGAUUUUUCAUGGCCUUUUUGCUUGGGGUGGAUUUUUUCAGCCUGAAAAUCAUAAUUUACUGUACUCAGCCCUUGAGGUCCUUACCAACCGACUGAAGCAAGGAGAGCCUGACCAGUCCUUGGAGGAAUUACUCAGCCAGAGUUUCAAUUACUUGCAGAAUUUCUCUCACAGCAUUCCCAGUUUCCAGUGUGCUCUUUAUCUCAUCCGACUUUUGAUGGUCAUUUUGGAGAAAUCUACAGCUCCUGCUCAGAACGAAGAAAAAAUUGCUUCCUUGGCCAAACAGUUCCUCUGUCGAGUGUGGCCAAGCGGGGAGAAAGAGAAGAGUAGCAUCCCUACUGAACAGCUCCAUACUUUGCUCAGCAUUUACCUGGAGCAUACAAACAGUGUUCUAAAGGCCAUAGAGGAGAUUGCUGGGGUUGGUGUCCCAGAACUGAUCAAUUCUCCUAAAGAUGCAUCUUCUUCCACGUUCCCUACCCUGACCAGGCACACCUUUGUCAUUUUCUUCCGUGUGAUGAUGGCUGAACUAGAGAAGACGGUAAAGGGUCUUCAGGCCGGCACAGCAGCAGACGCACAACAGAUUCAUGAAGAGAAGCUCCUCUACUGGAAUAUGGCUGUUCGAGACUUCAGUAUCCUCAUCAACCUGAUAAAGGUGUUUGAUAGUCGUCCUGUUCUGCAUGUAUGUUUGAAGUAUGGGCGUCUCUUUGUGGAAGCAUUUCUGAAGCAAUGUAUGCCGCUCCUAGACUUCAGCUUUAGAAAGCACCGGGAAGAUGUUCUGAGCUUACUGGAAACUUUCCAGCUGGAUACGAGGCUGCUUCAUCACCUAUGUGGGCAUUCCAAGAUUCACCAGGACACAAAACUCACCAAACAUGUGCCUUUGCUCAAAAAGACCCUGGAGCUUUUAGUUUGCAGAGUGAAAGCCAUGCUUAUCUUCAACAAUUGCAGGGAGGCUUUCUGGCUGGGCAACCUCAAAAACCGGGACUUGCAGGGUGAAGAGAUUAUGUCCCAGAACUCUGAGGAGAGUGAGGAUGAUACAGCGUCCCAGGUUUCCAAGAGCAAAGCAACAGAGGAUGGUGAAGAAGAUGAAGUAAGUGAUGGAGAAAAGGAGCAAGAUAGUGAUGAAAGUGAUGAUGACUCCGAAUAGACCACAGAGAGACUGAUGCCCCUUCCCCAUCUCUGCUAGCCCCUCCCAUUUUGUGUUCAGGGUUUGAAAUCUGUUUGCCUUCCUUACUGGAAGCAUCCUGUUUUGUCAUAAGGAGGGGGUCUUUACUGAAUCACCUUAAUUGUGACUUUCAUAGGUCAUGUAGCAUCAUCAAAGACCCUGGCUCAGGAUUCCACUGUAGCAUUACUUACCGGUCUGGGCAAACAUGGCAGUGCUUUGCUGUGGAAUAGUCACGAUUCUGGGCUUUGGGAGCUAGUUUUGAAACUUAGAAAUUUAGGAUUGUAUCAGUUUUACAAAUAAAUUCUGUUUUAAGUUCUGCCUCAACUACCUCAUUCCUCUUUCUGCCUUUCCUUCCUAAAUCAAGGAUUACAUGGAAUUCAAUUGGGGUUUUUGCAGAGAAAUAAUGGAAACUGGUGCCAACACAUCAGUUCUACCAAUUAAAAUCUGUUGCCUAUUUUAAGGAGCAUCUUUAUUUGAGAUGAGAAGAUCUUUGUGAUAUUUUUGGAGGAGUGAUGAAUUUCCGGUCAAUACCCAAAAAGAAAGUCCAAAAGGAAAAUUCUGGCUGCUUAAAAAUUUUUUGGUCGUGUAGAUAUAAGAUGAAAAGGCACCAUCAAACUCAUGUUGACUUCGUAUAUAUGUUUAUUUUAUUUCCGCAUUAUUCUGAGUUAUAUCUAUAGACUCAUUAUAACAACGCUACAGAAUUACUACUAGUACACCAGCUAAAAUGGGGAGCUCGCAUGUGUUCUGCCAGAAAGCCCAGUUUCAUUGCUGCUCCAAGUUCUUGCCAGGCUAUAAAUAUUCUUUAAUAUUUGCUAAUAUUACUGCCCACUUUUAUACUCUCCAGUGGUAUCAGGAUGUGGUUGGUUAGGGUUUUUUGUUGUUGAUUUGGUGGGGGAGAUUAUUUGUUUUGUUUUUUAUUAUUUUUUUUUAUCCUUGACCCACCUAUAGAUUUUUGACCCCUUCAUUGUCGUGUACAUGGAAAGCCAUAAUCUCCUUCCUUGAUACCCCUUUGUUUCCCCAUCUCAUUGUGGUCUUAGAUGUUUAAGUGAGUUCACACUAGGUUCAUUCGUUUACAUGGUUUAAUGGUUCUUUCUCACAUGUACAUGUCAACACUAGUUUGACUCUUUUAAAUGUUGUUCAGCUUUACAAUGGGAAUGUUCUCCUUUGCUCUGUCACUGGGCUUUGUAAGGGAAAGGAGAAAAGGGGUUCCUGAAUUGUCAGUGCUUGACAGAAAAGCAAGAUGGCUCAGGUGAUGUCAGUUUCCUUUACAUGGACAGGUUUCUGUAAGCUCCAGGCACAUAGCAUAGGACAUGGUAUGAGGAACAGGAAUCAGAUGGGAACCCUUUACUUGGAGUGUUGCAAGGCAAAGGUGCACUUCUUAUACGUUGCAUACAGUAAGAGGAUAGAGCGCAGCAUCUGUUUGCACAUGGUCACUGUCAUCUGAAUCUGAGGUUCCUUAAGUCCAGUGGGCCACUGGUUCUCCCGGCUGAUGAUUUUGCAAAAGGCUGAUUUGUCUGAAACUCUGAAGGUCCCAGUCCAUUUUGGUGGCUGAGCUGUGAUGACCCUGCCAAACACGGAAUCCACUCCACUGAGGCGGACAGGCUGGGGCUUCCUGACCAGCCCUUUGUUGUUGUUCAUGGUUCGGGGCUCUGAUGUGUGGCAAGGUAACUUGGGACUCACCCCAGGCUCCAGAAAUGGGCUGUCUAGGACUAGAGUGACCUCUUGAAAGCACACCUGCACUUCAAGGUCAGAAGGGGUAUGUGGGAAGCAGGGGGAAGCCCUAAAGGGAUGCUUUGAAGAAGGUAUAGGUGUUGUGUGCCGCAGCCAUUGGAAGCUCUCGUCCAGUGGGGUCCAUGGUGACCAGAGCUGGUAUCCUGCCAUUGACAGUCCUAAAGAAGAGGAAUCAGAACAUGGAAUUUCCCUAGCAUGGUUUUGGUGAGGGCGCGGCCAUUUAAAUUCACAUUUAUCUGUUUCAUUAUUGACUUUAACUUACUCUGUAGUUCUCAUUAACAGAUCCAAUAGAUGUUAAGGAUACUAGUAAUUCUAUAAAGGGCAGUAGUGGAUGGUAGUGAGUAUUGAAUCUGGCAACUGCUACAUGUACUAAAACUUUAUUAAAUCUUAUCACAAGCCUCUGAAGGUAGGUUUUAACCUAUUUUACAGGUGAGGAAAUGGAUUUGUCCAAAGUGGAAUAUCCCAGUUCAGUACUAGGACAUAUUCUGUGUUGAUAAAUUCUAAGACAGAAUCUAUACCUCUGAGGUGGCAGAGGUUGCUGGCACUUCGUGAUGAGACAUUAUUUGUGGAUAGAAGCUCAUAAAAGCCAUGUCUUACCAAAUAUUUGUGACUCUAAUUCCCGGUACUUAAUUUAUACCAGUGGUUCUCAAAGUGUGAGCCUGGCACUAGCAGCUUCAGCAUCAUCUGGAAACAUAGAAAUGCACAUUCUUGGGCCCUACCUCAGACCUACAGAAUCAGAAACUGGGGGUAGGGCUUGCAAUCUGCGUUUAAACAAACCCUCCAGGGGAUUCUGAUGCACUCACAGUUUGAGAACUUAUGCCAUCCCUCUUAAGGAACUUAGGUUUUCGUUAUUAAAUAUGGAGAGACUGUCUCCUUUUGGCCCUAAAAACCUGUUUUGUGACACAGGGGAACAGCUCUCAGAGCCCUGAGCUACUUAUGUACCACCUCAGAGGAAUUACACCAGGCUAGAAGGAAAAAAAAAGUUUCCAAAGGACAGUCUUAAAAAUUUUUAAAGACUUUUCUGAUUCUUCUAGGCGUGUUUUGUUUUGUUUUUGGUUUCUUAUGGGAGACCUAGAGGUAAGAUCUUGAUUCUUCCCCCACCUUUGAAGAAAAAGCAAAGGGCUGGCAAGAUGUUGCUAAUUAAAAAUUUAUUUAAGUAGAAUUUGGAUUUUCUAUCAUUCUACUUUAAAACUGCCAAUAUAUAAAAGGAUUUACUGAAUUCAGCAGAAGCUACCAUUUUUUGAGCACCUACCUAUUGUGUUAAGGAGCAUAGCAGUUCCCUUUUCUUUCCAGCCAAGUGUAUUUCUCUGCCCCUUCUCUCUUCUCCCACAAAAGGUAGCAGCAGCAGAUCUGAUCCCAUCCCAUCCAGUAAUUGCCCAGGAAAUGCUGUGAAAAGUUGACUCCUCCACCAUAGUUUGUUAAGACAGUAAAGUUCAUUUUUUAAAAAGAGUUGAUGACAUUUCACACCAGAAGACCUGUCCCUGACAGUGGUUAGUGUAAAGGAGAUUAGUGGAUUUCCUUCCACGUAAUGUCUCUCCUUAUCUUUGUACACUCCUGCACAUACUGUGUUCAAAUAUCUAGACUGCUUUAGGACAAGAAAUUGACACUGAGGGGAUGGUUAUCUAUUACAAACAGCCUAUGAAAGUCUUCUGAAGCUUGAUAUCGUCGCCCUGAGAGAAUACAUUCAAGAUCACUGUACCACUGCUCUGGUACAGCCCCAUGGCAAGAUGGGAUGUGGAGAGUGUUAACUCCUCAGUAUAUGACCAAAAAGAUUUUUUAAUCCUAGGAUCCUUUUCCUGACUCCCCUCCUAAGAGCACAUAGGGUCAGAGGUAAACGGCUUUUUAUCAAAUGUCCCACCUUAAGUACUGGACAGAACCAACCUGCGAUGAGAGAGGGCUUCUGACCCCAGACCUUUAAGCCACGUCCACCAAGGUUUAAAAUCAAGACGAUUCACUCCUCCACUCCCACCACCCGGAAAUCACUGUUACCCACUCCAACAGGGCUUGAACCUUGGAAGUCUGUUCAAGCUGCUUUAAUAGCUCCCAGAUAGGGAACACCUUGUACUCCCGGCCAAAAAGUCUUCCCUUUCAAACGCUCCUCCCAUUCCAAGGAACCGAGUCCCUCGAUUUCCCCACCUGGGAAAGGGGAAGUAAGCGUCCAAAUGCAGCUGAGGUCUUCGUGAAUUGUGAACUGCGAUCCUGAUCCAGAGAGGCUGGAGCUGCCCGGAGUCGGGAGGCUCCCCCUCCCAGCGGGAAGAAAGGCCUUGUCCCCCGGGGGUCCCUAACCGGGGGUGGGGGCCAGACGCCUCUGGCCGAGGCGGAGGUGGCGGUGGGAGCCCGGGCCCAGGCCCACCAUCCGGGCCGGGGGCUCACCUGCUGAACUCCGCGGGCCGCACGCUCCAGAGUGGCGGCCGCUGUUUCCGGGCAGCAUCUUUUCUCCACCAGGCGCCUGGCAACCGCCUUUGUGACCCAGAGCCGCGGGGGGAAGCCCGAGCCGCCGCGGGGGUGGGGGCUCGAGGCGCCCCGCUGGCAAGCUUCAGGGCCGGAUUCCCCACCCCCACCUCCUUGGAAGGCCCAGUCCAGGACUCCGCCUUCAGAAAUGAGGGUUCGAAUCCCGUCCUCUCCGUUCCACCUCCUCCUCCCUACCCCGCCACACCUGUGCGCCUUUGAGGGGGUCACCGCUGGCGGACACGCCCACUUCAAAGGGUGCAGUCAGGAACCUACGGAAAAGUAACCGGACUUGGAGGGCGUCGGAGCAUAGCGAAAACACCGGAGAGGACUUGACAUCGCGCAGGCGUAUCACAAUGCCCGUUCACUCGUGGGUGCCAAGGCAUGGGUGUGGGCUGGCGGCGCAGGCGCACUGGCCGCCUAGAGGGUCGGGGCGCCUGCGCAGUGGCUCCUCUUCAGGUGGCAGCCAUGGCGGGUCAAGAGGAUCCGGUGCAGCGGGAGAUUCACCAGGACUGGGCGAACCGGGAAUACAUUGAGGUCAUCACCAGCAGCAUCAAGAAAAUCGCGGACUUUCUCAACUCGUUCGAUAUGUCUUGUCGUUCAAGACUUGCAA